CUUGUGACCGUGAGGAUCAGUGUCGCGUAUCCCAUAAGCUUUCAAGCAUUAAAACAUUGGCUUGAGGUAUAUUAUUCAGUUUCUGUACGUCGAUGCUCAGAGCGUUGGAACUCUACUUUUGGCAAGUUUUCAAAUUCCAGUGUCUAGAAUGCUGUAGAAGGAUCCUGAUACAGUAAUGGCGCGUUCAGUGAGGUAGAAUAGCGGAAGUUCGCUGCAUUCAGUGAGGCUGCAUUCUGCCGGUAAAAGUGGUUAUUCUUUCACGAGUACGGAUUCCAUUGGUGAAGUUAUCUUCUGAAUGAAGACAGCGCUUGAGAUCAUGCAAAACAGCAGCAUCAUUUCCGCCGCGAUAAGUGAUGGUUCAUUCAUCGACCGUAUAUCUCGCUGGUUUUCGUGCGCGAUUUUGAUUUUGUGUUACUUCUGAAUCUAGUGCUGCAUUUUGGAGGUUCUGGAUGUGAAAUAGAAUGGGUGAUAUACCAGAACGGUCGCAGCAGAAAUGGUCUGUCUCGACUCCUGUCUUCAACUGGAUUAGACGCUUGUGGCUGCCGUUUGGCCUUCCUAUUGUUUUGUACAAUACGUACAAAGCUUGGUCAUAUCAUGCUCACAAGGACUUUCUGCGAGGGAAGGUCGUGAUGCUCACUGGGGCGAGUAGUGGAAUUGGAGAAGCGUUAGCUCAUGAAUUUUACAAGCACGGUUGCAAAUUGAUACUGUGUUCUCGACGUGAAGAAGAGCUGGAUCGUGUUCGUGAGGAGCUGAUGAGACGACAUUCCGUGACGGAGGUUACUCCUCCUGUCGUUCUGCCUUUGGAUUUGAGUGAAUUGAAUUCUUUGAAAGCGAAGGCUGAUGAAGCGUUGAAUGUUUACGGUCGUGUUGAUAUUCUGGUGAACAACGGCGGCAUGAGUUAUCGUGGAGACAUUGUUUCAACUCACCUUGCUGUGGACGUGAAGCUCAUGGCCGUCAAUUACUUCGGACAAGUUGCUCUUUGCAAAGCUCUUCUACCGGGAAUGAUUGCGCAAGGUGGUGGGAGCAUCGUUGUGAUUGGAAGUGUUCAGGGCAAGAUAGCAUUGCCCCAUCGGUCUUGUUACGCCGCUUCGAAACAUGCGUUGCAAGCAUUUUGCGAUUCAAUGCGGGCCGAAACGUCAAGCAGAAAUGUUUUUGUCACUGUGGUCAACCCAGGGUACGUGAGAACUGGCCUUUCGGAAAAUGCCAUGACUGCUGAUGGAUCCAAAUAUGGCUCGAUGGAUUCUACGACUGCCAACGGAAUGAGUCCGGAUUCCGUGGCGAAAAGAACGAUCAAAGCUAUCAUUUUACGUGAAAAAGAAGUGACGGUUUCUGGUAUUGCCCCUAAGGCUGCUACUUGGCUGCGAAGUGUGCUUCCGUCGUUAUAUUUCUUCAUCAUGGAGUUCAGGGCUGGUGUGAGGAAACAGAUUGACGAUGAUCUCGCGAAAACGGAUUGA